UUCAGCUCAGGGCUCUAGUACAGCGUGGAUAUUAGCAUGUGGCUCAGCCAUGACUGCCAUGACUGUGCUUGUACCAGUGAGGAGGGGGGAAAAAAAUCAGAGAGGAACAAGGACAGGCUGUGUGAAGGGAGGAGCUGAGCUUUAAACUGCUCUGUCAUUGGUUAGUCACGUGCCCUGCCUGCCUGUAAGAGUCUGCCUGAUUGGCUGCUGCUCUGCAUUGAGCACAGCAGCUGCAGUUGUGAUGAACUACCCCUUCUCUCUCUGCCCUGGCUCUGCUUUUCCUGUCUCUACCCCUCGCAUUAAUAACUGUCUGGCACUCAUCUGUGUGGAUCAGCGUGCCAACCUGUGCCACUUCAAGGACACCUCUAUCCGCUGUGUGUUUCUGCGUGAAUCAUGUCAAGUUAGUCAAUUACUUUCUGCUCCGUGGAGCCCGCCGGAGUUAAAGUGACGUCUCCACUGCCUGCAAUCUCCCUCCCUCCAUCCUCUCCCUCUCUCCCUCUCCCUCUCUUGUAUCACUUAAUCAAGACAUACUGUAGCUUGCCCUUUCCUGUUCACCGCUGCCUCCCUCCCUGCUACCCUAUUUGUUUGCCCUCGUCUUCUCCUCUUUGGCUGUUUCGCGUCCACCCUCCCUGCCUCGUGAUCCUCGUCGCCCUCCGUUUAAACAAACUCCACACCAGCAAGGCAGCAAGCAAGGACAUGCAGCAGAGAGGUCAGUGAGGAGGAGGAGGAGGAUGACAGCAGAAGAAUAGGAAACGGACAAGGAGGGAUGAGAAAGAGACUGAAGUAAGAGGAGGAAGUGGAACUCCAAAGUGCCUACUGCGAGGGUACGUCUGCCGAGUCUGCUGGAUUACAGCGGGACAGUGUGUGUCUGGCCUUGAAUGGAGGCUGUAUUUUAUCCUGACAGCCACAGAGUCAUCCAUCCCACGUUGCUGAGCUGCAGUCCCGACAUACCCUGAGCUGAGCAGCCACUUUGACUCAUCAAUACAAGGACAUCUCCGUGUAAGACUGUCUUUUUUUUGUUUUAUUUUUGUUUUGUUCUUGUUUUUUGUUUCUAAAGAAAUCUUUAGUUUCCUUGUCAGGCUGCCCAAAUAUAACUAAAGUAGAACUACAGUGAAUGCCCCAGCCUGGCCAUGUUGACGUGAAUGUAAUGGUGAUUUACAGCGGGCUGAUACAGGUGAAUGCACGCACUCGGCGACCUAUCCAAGCGACAUGCCAGAGUGAUGCCCUCAGAUUAGUUUCCUUUUUUUCUUCCUUUUUUUGAGACAGAGCUGGCCUCUGCUCACAGUCAAGCCCCUCUAUAUAUCUCGCUGCAGUGAGACCUCAGCUGCCACUUUUCCCAGGAAGAACUAAUAAACAUCCCCCAAAAUACACCAACCAAAAGGACUCGCUGCCUAUUUGCACUGAGGAGAAACCCAAAAUAUUUUUGCUUCUGUUUCCUCUGUGUUGUGCUGGGGGAUUUUUUUUGUCUUGAAUCACCAUUAGUCACCCUUGCUCUCAUCAGACAGUUUUCCGUCAGUUUGCCCCCCGCCGCUGCACAGCGUCUGCCAGCGUCUCUGAUGGCUGUCAGCAUGACCAUGGGACGAGACACCAAAUGGCUGACCUUGGAAGUGUGUCGUGAGUUUCAGAGAGGCACCUGCUCGCGGUCUGACGCUGAGUGUAAGUUUGCACAUCCCUCACGGAGCUGCCAUGUGGAGAACGGCCGAGUCAUCGCCUGCUUUGAUUCGCUCAAGGGGCGUUGCACACGCGAGAACUGUAAAUACCUACACCCACCUCCACACCUGAAAACCCAGCUGGAAAUCAACGGGAGGAACAACCUGAUCCAGCAGAAGGCCGCAGCAGCCAUGUUGGCUCAGCAGAUGCAGUUCAUGCUGCCUGGAACACAACUGCAGCCCAUAACAACAUUCCCAGUGACGCCCUCUCUGGCAACGAGUCCCAGCAUGGCAUUCAGUCCAUAUCUGAGCCACAUGGGCCCAGCGAUGGGUUUGAUGCCUGAGCUGCUGCCCAGCACUCCCCUGCUCGUCCCCGGGAGUCCUACCGGUCUGGCAGCCAUGGGAAAUGGCACCUCCGCACAAAAACAUGUGCGCACAGACAAGCUGGAGGUUUGCAGAGAAUUCCAGCGCGGGAACUGCACGCGAGGCGAGAACGACUGCCGCUACGCUCACCCCCUGGAGGCAGGCAUGGUGGACUGCAACGAGAACUCGGUCAUUGUCUGCAUGGACUACAUUAAAGGCCGCUGCAGCCGAGACAAGUGCAAGUACUUCCACCCUCCAGCUCACCUGCAGGCCAGAAUCAAGGCUGCACAGCACCAAGCCAGUCAAAACACCCCGUCCUCAGGCUUGGGAGAGUGUUUUCUGUACACCCAUCACUACCUGCAGGAGCCUGUGCUGAAAGAUAACCACUGCUUUCAUUCAUAUGCUUCUCUUCAUGGCCAGGGUCUGCCUCCAGGGGCCGUGCAGCCGCUACCAAAGAGGCCCGUCUUAGAGAAGAGCAACGGAGCUGCUGCCACCGUCUUCAAUCCCAGCAUGUUCCACUACCAGCAAGCCCUGGCUAACAUGCAGCUCCAGCAACCAGCCUUUAUCCCCACUGUAGACCCCUCGGAGCUUCUGACUUCAGAUCCGGUGGAGCUCCAGUGCAUUCCCAUGGAAACCCAUUUCUGCCCCGUCCCCAAACUGCUGGUGGCGGCUCCUGUGGCACUAAACUCAGUAAGCCUUUCCCGAAACCCCAGUUAAAGUCCCGUAAACCCCGAGCACUGCAGCAAACAUGUGCCUCGCCCACAGUGCACACCGACUGAUAUCAUGUUGUGAACAUAAGAGAGCUGCGAUGAUUCAUGCAAUACAGACCUGGACGUAUUACCGUUGCUUUAAAGCAGCCACCCUGAUGCAUAAUGACUCGAUCGGGCCGAGCAAUAGAGCUCCCUCGUCCUUACAGCCAUACAUGCCCACACCUUAAAAGUGCAGCACACGUGCGCACACAUAAACACACACACACACACACACAUAUAUUCAAGACUAAAUGCCCUUUAUGGGUCGGAGCCAUCACACGAGGCCACCCAACACAUUUGACUGUUCCAAAGUCAGAAACUCUGAGAAGUUCAUUGUAGAAAAUUCAGACGGACCAGCCGCCGGUCUCCAACCAUGACGCGCUGUCAAAGUGAAAGAGUGUUUCAUAUCAUGUCACGUUUACGUUUGAAGAUGAGUGCAAAUGUGACGUUUGUGUUGUACGACGUGUACCGCUCAGUCUGUCAUCAUGGUCUCAUCUUGCCUGGUGAUACAUCAGUAAGGGGUUGUUGUUCAUUUGUUUGUGCCUUUGAUUUUUUCUGCUCAGCUGCAGAGGAGACUUAGUGUCCCAAAAAUAAUUCAAAAGAAGAAUUAGUUACGUAAAUAGAGUGUAUUAGCCUGUAGCUGCUAUUGGGAUAAAGUGUACUGGUUACAGCGAACAGCUCUUAAAAUGUAUAUUAGAGUUUUCUAAAUGCAAUGAAUGAUUCGUCCCCCUGUUUUAUUGAAAAAUAUAGACCAGGUGAGAGUAACUUAGUAUAUAAUUACUUCUUAUAAAGAAGAUGGGAUGAGGGAUAUCUUUAGCAUGUGUUAAAUAAACUGCCUUAAAGCAGCUGAGGUCAUGUUCUCUAUGUAAGGGCCCCUCUCUGUAUAGUACUCUCCAGUAAUAGACCAGACAGCUCCAGUCAUUGAAACUGAUAAACCUGAGCUGUGAAGCUUCUUGAAUCGUGAUUUCCGAUCAGUGAUUGUUUUUCCUUUGUGAUGGGUAACUGUGUAACGACUAAAAAAGGAAAGGUUCGUCCCGUUUCCUCUGUGAUUUGAAACCCGAACACCAGGCUUUGCUCGCCGAUUCUGUGUGUGUUCAGCUCGCCUGUACUCUUAUUCAAAACAAAAUGCUAUUCCUGAGUCAGAUCUGUGACAGAGUUUUAUAAAUGCCACUUAAACUUUUACACCUGAUGUCAGUUAUUGCACAAGAUGGAAGCGAGAUCGGUUUCCUUUUGUUGUGCCUAAAGUCUGUGGUAUAUGCAAGGAACUGCCCGUUUAAUGCAAUAUCUGGAUAAAUCCUCCAAAUAAAUGUUUCCCUCUCUAAUGCAGAGAUGUAUUUUAAAAGGCUGUUUGUUUGUGUAAUUAUCUCCUUUAAUGUGGCUUUUGGACUAAAUAAGUGGCACAAGAUUUUUAUGUUUUAUGGCUCUGCAGGGAGAAAGCUUGGAACUUGAAAAUGUCCUGUCUGACUUUAAAAUGUCAUGUCUUUCUACUGCUGUCCUGUUUGUCAAAAACGACGAGACUCUAAAUGUUCUUAUAACCAGAAUCAAGUUGUAGAAAAGGAUGAACAAUUCUCAUGCUUGAUGUCUGAUGGUGAAAAAAAUUUUAUUUUAUUUUUUUUUGGCUUUCGAAUGUGUAAGGAAUUGCUUUGUAGGUGUGUACAAAAAAAUGAACUUAACAGCUUUGGAAACUGGGCUGAAAUCACUUAUAUCCAAAUUCAAAUGUGCCUCUUUCAAGUCUCCUCAAACAAAACUGUCAGUACACUGUAAGACCAGACCAGUGCUCAAAGACAGAUGUGUUAUUUGGUACAUUAUUAUAAUAGGAAAUCACAUUUGUAUUAGUUUCUUCUCUGAGACAGCUGUGCUGUCUUACUGUUAAUGUAAGGAAAUAAAUCAGAGAGUUGUGUGCAUACAUACGUGUGUCAGAAAAGACGAUGGAUCACAUAUUUGGUUAGUUGUAAAUGCUGCAGAUAUUACGGCAUCCCCCAUUGAACAUUAUUCAUUUUAAAUAAUGUUAAUGUGUCGUGAAUGUAUCUAAUGCAAAAACUUUACACAUGCCCUUCUAAAAGACAGGCAUGCUGAAAUGUAAUGGUUCACUCUAUAUAGACUAUUUCAGAGGUCACAUACUGUAGGUACCAUGAUGAAACUGUGUUAAGACAUAUUAAAGUAUGUGUAUUGUUAUAUAGAUUUAUAUUUAAUGUUAAUGGGUGGUGUGACUACUUUUAGAAAUAUCUUUCACUGUCAGAAAAGGUAGAGCAGACUGCUGUACUCUUUGAAGUACAAAUGUACACAAUUCAGGUACAUUUCAGUACCAUUUAUUGCUAGUCAGUUUUUCUACCCCGACCCUCUGUAGUAUCCAAAGCACUAUAAACAAAGCAUAUUAUCAUUAGGCAGAAAGUCAGCAUGCUACCUUUUUUCUCACAUGUAUUUCCCUUGUGGUCCCAGUACUGCAGCCCUGAUUCUGUUAACUUUUGGUGUGGAAAGGCUUUGUGGAGACAUAACUGUGCAGAAAACCCACCCAGCCAGAGCUGCAAGUGCAGCACCAGGUAUAAUCCUGGGAUUAACCCUCAUUUUGGGCGUGUAAAAGCUUUUUCCUCCUUACCACCUGCAUGCCCCAAAUAAGAGAGGUGGCGUAUUUGUGGCAGUUUAAGAAAAAGUACACAUAUCUGCUUACUUUUUUUAAAGACAGAAGAUGCUCUUAUGUUUCUGUGUUAAUACUAAGCUGGAAAGAGCUGCUAGUUAACACAGAGAAAAGGCCAGCACACCUUAAUAAACAGUUGUGCAAAAACAACCACGUUACACAUUGUGACUGCUUGAGAACAGUGAGGUUACCAGGCAACCAAUAAUAUAACCCAGAUGGAUUGUAAACUGUUCAUGAAGAAAUAACUACAGGAGGAAAACAUCUACAAAACUACGGAGUUUAUGUCCAUUUUAAAGAUUAAAUGUGUGAUCUUGUAUGGAAGGUGUUUACACCUUUUAGAUAACUAAAAGUUAGCUUUUGGAUAAACUGUGUAAUGCUUGUAAUAACUUAAGCCAACUUAAACAAGAAUAGAGUGCCCUCUAUAAGUACGUUAACAGAUAUUAUUGAUAAUUUAUGCAUCUGAAGUUGAUAUUAAAGCACAACAAUGAGACAAAACAGUAGGUGGCUUUAGCUCUUAUAUAGAAUAUAAGUAAGUAAGUAAAGUUUAUUUAUAAAAGCACUUGUCACAGAAAAUAAGUUAUAAAGUGCUUGGCAAAAAAAUAGUCUAAAAUAAAUAAAAACUGGGAAAAAUCACGAUAAAAUAUAAUAGAAAAUUAUAGACGUAUAAGUAAAUGUCAUCUGCAUAGAAACAACAAGAAACUUCUGUAAAACCCUGAAUGAUGCCAGCUACAGUAAGAAAGCAGAAAGAAAAUAAUAAUUGGCCCAGGAUUGAGCCUUGCGUUUAUCUGAGCCUUGCAGAUAAAUAAGAAGAAAGUCAGUCAAAUGGAAAGCAUAGCUCUACUAAGGAAAGUAUCAUGGUCGACAGUAUCAGAGGCUGCACUGAGGUCAAACAGACCGAGCAGAGAACAAAUCCCUACAUCAGAAGCCGUAUGAAAGCAUGUUUGCUGAACAGCGAAAAGUUAGCCUACAGUAAACGCUACUGAACUGGUCUACAAAUAUCAAGAUGCAUAACUAUCUAUUUAUGUGCUGUUUGUGUAUUAAAUAGCACAUAAUAAAAGCUAAAGCCAGUCUGUAUUUUAUCUCAUGCAAUGCUUUCAUCCUAAAAUGCUAAAACAGAGGUUUAAAAUAUCUAUUUCAAUCUGCAGUUUACAUACUUUUAGAGGACACCUUAUUUGUAAUAACCUAAUACCAGAUAAUUUAUCUGUGUAGCUCCACUUUGUAUGGAAACAGGCUAGUGCCCCAUACAGCUGGUUUAAGCUUCAUAUUUACUAUACAGACAUAAGAGUGAUAUAAAAUCUUGUGAAUAAGUGUAUCUCCCAAAAUACUUGAAUAAAGUAUUUUUAAAGUAUAGCUGACUUUCUAUCUGCAUGGUGGAUCAAACAGUAUGUAGGCUCAUAGCUGUCUCUAUGAACCUGAUGAUCAGAAUGUCCAGACAGGUCCCUUUUUCUAAAGACUAGCUUCGUCCAGCCAAGAGAAUCCCCUCCUUAAGUGAUCCUACCCCUAACAUCAGUAUGCCUUCACUGACAACCGUCCAGCUGGAAAAACAGAAUACUUGAUUAAUAAACUGUGCCUCUCGAGGGCAUUUGAGGUUUUUAAAUACAUUUAAAUGUAUCUAUUAAGGCUCAAGAGUGUAUUAAUUUGAGGAUUGUGGAGCACCAUGAGAAAAAAAAACAAACAUUUUUACCUCUUAAUUUUGUUCCCUCAUUCAUUCUCUUGUACUUGAUUAACUUUGGGCCUGGUUGUAAUUUUUUUUUCCACACGGUCCUGAAUCAUAACUGUUCAACGUGUGCAGAGCUCUGAUCUUCGCUGUCCUGUGAUCAGAUCCUUCAGCAUGUGGACACAGUUAACUCAGUCCUGAGAAUACAAACAAAGGGCCUUAAUCCUUGAUCAUAUGUGACAGCUGUGUAUGAAAAUGUAUUAAAUGUAAGAUUUUUUUUUCUGACAUAAAAAAAACUCGGCAUGAAAAUAAUAAUAACAAUAAUGAUAACAAAAAAAUCAUUUAUAUGUAGUUAAUAGUUUGUGUAGACCAAUAUGAAAAACAUUAUGAUAUGAAAAUCGUUUGUACACAAUGAUGGAGUCAUUGUUAAUGGUAAUAGUUGCUGUUGCUAUGGCAACAAAAUGACAACAUGGCUACCUUUUUAUUAUCCUAAUAGUGAUUUUUUUUCCACAAUAAUUGAGAUGACAUACAGCACUAACUUAUCCGAAAAGGGAAUGUCUAAUUAUUAGUUUGUCUUGUUGCAACGUGAUUGAAACAACUUAAAUCCUUGUAAUAUCCAAAGGUCCUUAGGGGAGGUCAGGCGUUUAUUUUGUUUUGUUUAUUUGACGUUCAUUUUAUAUUUAGGUUUUUUUCUUCUUGUACAUGGUGUUUUUGAGAAAUAGGAAUGAACUCUGGCUUUUAGAGCAAACAUCUGUCAGGGAGGUAAAGAGGCCCUUGGACUAACUGGAAGAUCUUUUUCUGUGGAGGCGAGCAGUUUUUGCCGCUUGCCUCCUGCAGACUGAGAGAUCUGGCUCAACUUUUGGCCAAGAAGGUGGUCUCGAGGUCUCUUACUGCCCAGCUGUGCUGGGUGAUGUCGAUCCUCACUGAGGUGUAUACGAAUGUGUGAUGUUCACCUUGUUUGCACUUAUGUACAUAACUAUGUCAGAAUACUCAAAAUUUAUUUUGAAUAAAUACAGAUAAAAGAGUCAAUUAAAAAAAAUCUAAUCAAUAUAUUGUUAACGAUAUGUCUAUUGUUUUCUUACAUCUGCCCUUUUGUUUGUUGCUAGAGCCCUGUUCUUUGCUAAGCAUGGCACUGCCUAGCUGUAAACUACAAAUGAUUUGCUUUAAAAAGCUCUUUUUUUUCAGUUCAGUUCAGUUGAUUGAUCCUCUGUGGUUUAAUAAUAUGCGACCCUGACAUCAAACAGGAGAGGUGGAUCAUAUGUAAGAACCUAAUCUGAGCAGAUGACAUGCAGACACAUUCCUCUCUCCAGUAAAGCACCGAAAUAAAGCACAGAGUAGCUCCAUCUGCAGGCUGAAAAACAAAAUAGGAGCCGAUAUUAAAUCUGACCACAGAGGAACAGAGAUUUAAAUUCUCCUUCAUCUCUGUCAUUUUGUAAUUUUUUUUUAAACUCUCCUGUUUCUUGUCAUUAACCAAAACAACAAUAAAUCUGAAUUCUCCUCAGGAUUUUAGACUAAAUUGCAAACAAACGGCUUUUCCAAUAUUUUCCUCUCCCAGCAGCAGCAGCAUCCUCACAUGACUCUGGUUCUGCUGAUUUGAACAUGUGAUGCUCUUUAUUUGCCCCCAAAGCCAGCGAUUUUGUUGCCAUGGCACUUCUCCUAGUGUUGGACUGACUGAGUCAUCCUGGAGAAUCGGUUCACAGCCCUCUGACUGUUGAAUAUUGACUUCAAAGAGUUUGUGAGCAGGGACGGGUCUCUGAACGACGUGUACCCACAACUCACCAAAGCUUCUCUACUGACUCACCAGCUCCCCUCAUCAUUGCUGUCCCAGUUUAAGUACAUGCUGUGGAUUUUAAAUCACUGUAUUGUUACGAUUCAUUUUAGUUGUGAUUGUGCCUUUAAUGUGCAAACUGGACUUUUAGGUUCUACAUCUCACUGACUAAAACCGCCACGUGAACUGAGCGUGUGCCAAUCAUAUCAAUUUAAUUACAUCCUCUGUUGAGUCCACAACUUAUUUUUUAAAUUGGGUACAAUCGCCGACUGAACGACACCCCGUGAAAGAUGAUGAGGGCCAAAGACUGUUCAGGACUAAGCCAUAAAAAACUCUGACACUCUUGGGCAGACUUGAACGUGACUGCUGUUUCUUUGUUUCACUCUGUUUUCUGCUUGUGGUGCUUGUAUGUGCUGCUGUGCUACAUGCCAAUUUAUUUUGCAGUGUAUAGCUAAUUAUGAGUAAGUUACUGUGCCUAUGAUGAGUUCUGCAAUUUCUGUUUGACCUAAAUAAAACACUUCAUUGUGA